GGGCAACAUUUAAAGCCCUCCUCCUCCUUGUCGUCGUCGUCGUCUUCCCCGGAAGGGGCUGAGGAGGAGGAGGAGGAGGAAAGGCGCCUCCGGUUCAACUAGCCCAGUCUGCUCCGUCCUCUUCUCCGAAGAUGGCGGCGCUGCUCCUGGUCGAGGCGGCCUCCCUUGCGCCCGGCUUCAGGCCUUGGCUGAGGGGCGCCGCCGCCGGCGGAGCUCGGCCCCUCUUUUUGAGGCCCCCCUGGAGGCCGCAACUGCCGCCGCCUCCAGUUGCCGGGCGCCCAGCUUCUGGGUGGCUCCCCAGAAGGGCGGGGAACUCGAAGGCGCGGCUCCGGAUGGAGGUUAUGUGUCGCCACAUGGAGGCACUUCGCUGCUUCAGCACAUCAUCUCACCAUGAAAAUUCUGAAUACGGAAGAUUAAUUUAUUGUGGAAAUUUAGCAAAAGCUGUGUUAGGUAGGUAUAGUAAGGUCAGACAUAUUAUUCUGUUUUGAUGUUCAACAUUUCUA